AUGCCACCCUCUCAUCAACGACAUCGUCGAUCGCCUUUUGAACGUACUUCAUUCCGCCGUACUUCGUCGGGUUCGAGUUCCUUGAGGUCGUUUUCCGAGAUCCAGUCUCAUUCUCCUACUACCCCUCAGUUAUCAAAUCUCAAAAUCUCGGGAUGGGAGAAUGGAAAUGUUGUGAUUCGAAAUGUGGAUACGGAUAAACACUCUGUGAGUUUUCAUCCUACGGUUACCGUGACGAUUUGUCAAGAUGAGAUGGCUGCGACGAGAAAAGAAGAUGGAGAUACUUCCCAAUCGCAACCUCAAUUUCAAAUCCUCCGGUGCGAAAACAUCAAAGGAGGGAUAGAGGGAAAAGAUACAAGUCUAGCUUCUAGUAGUAUAUACUCCACCGACACACUUGGAUAUCCAACUACGGACCCCGAUGAAGAUGCAGACAAUGGAUCAUAUGCAUCUUGUUCAUCUAUCCCGACGGUUCCGGAACUUUCGCUUGAGACGUUGACUUCGAGAUCUAAGGUUUCGGUUUCUGAUGCUUCGGUUUUGAAUGCGCCGGGGGAAGAUGAUGGGGAAUUGGGAGUAUCGAUGGCGAAUUCACGAAUGCAGCGAUGGAAAACUCUUGGGAGUCGGAGGACGGGAAAUGGGGAUGGAGUGGGGGAGAAAAAUGAAUCAAGGAAUGGGAAUGGGAAAGGGAAUGAAAAACGUGAGAAGAGGAUAAGACCUUUCCUGAGGAAAUACUGUCUUCAUCCUUUUAGUAUGAGGAGUAGUUUUCGCUUGGUGGGGUGGAUUGAGGAUCCGGUUGGUUGUUGUGUGGGUCACGGAGCUGCCUAUGGAACGGGGUAUGCAUAUGGAGGAGGAAUAGGAGAUGCAAGGCUAUGGGAUGAAGCGAGACGGAGCGGAUGGGAGGGGGGAUUAUAUUGA